AUGAAAUCAUUUGAAAAUUUUGAAAUUAGUGAUUAUAUCUUCUUGCUAAGUACCAUUUUAACGAUCUAUGUGGCACGGUAUUAUUACAAAUAUUUUACUCGUGUCAAUCCUUUACCUGGACCAUUCCCAUUCCCAUUCGUCGGUAAUUUACCUCAAUAUUAUUUGUGGUCUAAAGGAGAUUCAAAGAUAUUUUAUGGAUAUAACUUCAAGAAAUAUGGUGACAUAUAUGAGGUACAUUUGGGUGUACGAUCUAUAAUUUUAUGUCGAACGGAACAUAUUGAAAAGCUUUUAACGCCUUCGACGAAAAAUUCACACGUGAUGAGACUUCCCAACAGUAAGGGAUUAGAAGAAUUGGGAAUUAGUGGGAAAGGAAUAUUAACUAAUAAUGAUUUUAAAUCAUGGAAAUAUAAUCGUCAAUUUUUUACACAAGCUAUUUUGUUACCAAAAUUUACUAAUGAAGCUAUUGAUUGGACAAACAAACUUUUUGAUGAAUUGGAAAGUUAUUGGAAUAAAUUAUUUCAUAAAGAGGAAAAUAAAAAUAAAACAAAUUUUGCUGCAUGGUUUCAUCACUACACGAAUGAUAUGAUUAUUAAGUUGUUAACUGGCGAAAGAUCCUAUUCAAUGGCAGCUUAUUUUGAUACUCUCAGUGAUAAAAAAUCUGGACAUACACCAGCAAUUAUCGAUGAUUCUGUAAAAUUAGUUCAGGCACUUCGUAAACAUCUUUUGGGAUUUUCAAUGUUUUAUUUUGUUUCUCCUUUCUUACGACAUUAUGUUCCAUUCUUUAAGAAUAAAGCAAAUGAUUUACUUCUAAACAUGAAGUUUAUUAACAAAAGACUUGAUACAAUCAUUAAAAGACGUAGACAAGAAAUUGAAAAUACACCAUUAGAUAAACCUUUAUUAUCAAAUGAUAUGUUGACAUCUUCGAUUACUGCAAAUACGCCUCGUGAUACUAAUUAUACCAAAACUGUUGAAGGUGAAGCUUUAAAUAGACCUAUGACUGAUACUGAAAUUCGUGGAAAUAUACUUGAUGGAUUCCUUGGUGGAACUGAUACGACUGCGAAUACGAUUUCAUUCAUUAUCUAUUAUCUUGCACAUAAUCCAGAUGUAAAAAAGAAAAUGCUAGAAGAAAUUGAUAGGAUAUUUCGAGGUGAUAAAGUGCGACCGAUCACUAAAGAUGAUUUUCAUAGUUUAAAGUAUUGCGAAGCAAUUGUAAAAGAAGUAUCUCGUGUUUUUCCAGCUGUAACUUCAUUUGCAAGAUAUAUUGAUAAACCUAGUGAAAUAGCGGGGUAUCAAUGGCAAGCUGACACAUUGUUUAGAAUCAAUGCUGAUGCUAUUCAUGAUAAUAAAGAUUAUUGGGAAAAACCUGAUAAAUUUAACCCUGAUAGAUGGAUGGUUGAAGGUUUUGAACCAAAAAAAAAUUCUUUUAUUAUGUUUGGUGGAGGAUUAAGAUUAUGUCCAGGAAGAAAGUUAGCAAUGAUUGAAUUAAUUUGUUUGAAGGCUUUAUUGUUUAGGAAAUAUGAAAUUGACUUAGUAGAUAUGGAUGCACCCUUAAAAACUAUAAAUGGUGGCGGCAUGACUGUUUGCACUGAAUUAUUAGUUGAAAUUAAACCAAGAAAUUGAUGUUCUUAUAUUCAAAAGAUGUUUUCG